AUGGCCGACCUCGCCGACCGCACCAAGUCAAAAUGCUACAUUGACCCAACCGCCGGCAAAGACGACGCCUCCGCGGACGGUUCCGAGGCCAAGCCCUACCAAUCCCUCUACCACGCCCUCGUGCAGAACCUCGACAACAAGGACGUCACCUACCUCACCCGCCCUGCCGCCGCCGCCGCGAAGGACAAGGAUGGCGCCCCCGCCACAGCACCACCAGCCGCCGAGUGGGAAGAGCCGGCCAAGAGCGCCAUGAAGAAGGCUGUCGGCCGCGUCGACGCGUACAAGAAGAAGCUGGCCAAGGAGCAGGCGUCGGCUAAGCAGGAGGAGGACGAGCGCAAGCAGCGGCUGAAGAACCUGGAGGAUGCGAAGAAGAUCGUGUUGAAGGAGGAUGACUCGCUGCCGGCUGCGGUGCGGAUCAAGAUUAACAACAAGAAGGUUGAGUUGGGCGAUGGGAAGGAGAAGAAGGGAACCCGUGUGAAGGUGUAUGGGCGUAUCCAUGAGCUGCGCGUGCAGAAGACCACGACGUUUAUUACGCUCAAGGAUGGGUACGGGUACCUGUCCUGCAUCCUGCCGGCGGGUGACUUGACCAAGAACUAUGACGCGCUGAUGUUUGCGCUGGAGACGGCGCUGGUGCUGUACGGCGAGAUACGCGCGGUCCCUGAGGGUUUCAAAGCUCCCGACAACCGUGAGCUGCACGUCGACUACUACCAGGUGCUGGGCGCCGCGCCGAGUGAUUUGGAUGCGAUCACCAACCGCGUGUCGAUGCAGCAGGACCCGUGGGAUGCUCAGAUGCUGGAUAACCGCCACCUGGUGCUGCGUGGCGAGAACGCGUCGUCGGUUAUGAAGCUGCGGGAGUUUGUUGAGUUGGCGUUUAUCGAUAGCUUCCGCGAGCUUGAUUUCCGGAAGGUUUCGCCGCCGGCUAUGGUGCAGACUCAGGUUGAGGGUGGUUCGACGCUCUUCAAGUAUGAUUACUACGGCGAGGAGGCCUACCUAACGCAGUCCAGCCAGCUGUAUCUUGAGACGGUCAUGCAGUCGCUGGGCAACGUGUACUGCAUUGAGAAGUCGUUCCGCGCAGAGAAGAGCUUGACGAGGCGUCAUCUUUCCGAGUACACCCACGUCGAGGCCGAGUUAGACUUCAUCGACUUCAACGACCUGCUCGACCAUAUCGAAGAGAUGGUCUCGCGCGUCGUCGACAAGGUGCUAGCAGACGAGACAAUGAGCCGUUACGUGAAGGCGCUCAACCCGGAUUUCCAAAAGCCGACGCGGCCCUUCAUGCGCAUGAAGUACGAGGACGCCAUCGAGUGGCUGAACAAGCAGGACCCGCCCAUCCCCAACGAGGAGGGCAACCCGCACGUGUUUGGUGAUGAUAUCGCCGAGGCCGCGGAGCGCCGCAUGACCGACAUCAUCAACCGGCCUAUUCUCCUGACGCACUUCCCAGUGGAGAUCAAGGCGUUUUACAUGAAGAAGGACCCGCAGGAUUUGCGGGUGACCGAGUCGGUUGAUGUGCUGAUGCCCGGAGUCGGCGAGAUCGUCGGUGGUUCCAUGAGAAUGGAUAACUACGACGAGCUCAUCGAGGCGUAUAAGAAGAACGGCAUCCCGCACGAGCCGUACUACUGGUACACUGACCAGCGGAAGUAUGGCUCAUCGCCGCACGGCGGCUACGGUCUCGGUCUAGAACGGUUCCUAGCCUGGCUGGCUAACCAGCACACCGUCCGGACAUGCAGUUUGUAUUCGCGUUUUAUGGGGCGAUGCAAGCCUUAA